GUACUCCUCUACCAGAGCCUCUCCACAACAAGCCGAUGCCAUAGACCUGACCGGGGAUCAACCAGGGAACCACCAGGGAUCAACCAGGGAACCGCCAGGGAUCAACCAGGGACCCGCACACCAAAGUAAUUUCAGCCAGCAGCUCAGUGUCUGUCAGCAGAGUUCCAACAACAUGCCGAAGCAAGUGGAGGUGAGGAUGCACGAGAGCCAGCUGGAGCCCGUGGAAGCCCGGCCUCAGAACAAAUGUGCCAAAAUAUGCGCCGCUUUGUCGAAGAACCUGCUGCUCACCCUCACCGUCCUGGGUGUGGUCAUGGGCGCGGUCUCGGGGAUGCUGCUCCGCGUGGCCUCCCCCAUCCACCCAGACAUCAUCAUGGUGAUCGCCUUCCCCGGAGACAUCCUCAUGAGAAUGUUGAAGAUGUUGAUUCUGCCGCUCAUCAUCUCCAGUCUGAUCACAGGACUCGCUGGCCUGGAUGCCAAAUCGAGUGGUCGUUUGGGCUCCAGAGCCAUGGUGUACUACAUGUCCACCACCAUCAUCGCGGCCAUCCUGGGAGUGAUCCUGGUAAUCGUGAUCCACCCCGGCGACCCUAAGCUAAAGGAGAACCUGGGAGAGGGCAUUAAGAACGACGACGUCUCCAGCUUGGACGCCGCCUUCGACCUGAUCAGGAACCUGUUUCCGGAGAACCUGGUGCAGGCCUGCUUCCAGCAGAUCCAGACGGUCACAACGAAGGUGGAGGUGAUUGUGGAGGAGGCCGUCAAUGCCACCAGUGUCGAUGGUUUGGUGGCAAACAUCACCAAGGAGCCUCAGAUCAUAAUCAAGAGGGCCCUGCAGUACAAAAGCGGCAUGAAUGUCCUGGGUCUUAUCGGUUUCUUCAUCGCUUUCGGCAUCUGCAUGGGCAAGAUGGGCGAGCGAGCCAAGCUCAUGCUGGAGUUCUUCAACAUCCUCAACGAGAUCGUGAUGAAAAUCGUCAUCAUGAUCAUGUGGUACUCUCCCUUCGGUAUCGCCUGUCUGAUCUGCGGUAAGAUCAUCUCCAUCGACGACCUGGAGACGGUUGCCCGGCAGCUGGGGAUGUACAUGGUCACCGUCAUCAUCGGACUCCUCAUCCACGGAGCCAUCUUCCUGCCCGGAAUCUACUUCGCCAUCGUCAGGAAGAACCCCUUCACCUUCUUCAUGGGCAUCUUCCAAGCUUGGAUCACAGCCCUGGGAACCGCUUCCAGCGCUGGCACCCUGCCCGUUACCUUCCGCUGUCUGGAGGAGAACCUGGGAAUCGACAAGAGAGUGACCCGUUUCGUGCUGCCCGUGGGCGCCACCAUCAACAUGGACGGAACCGCGCUGUACGAGGCCGUGGCCGCCAUCUUCAUCGCCCAGAUGAACGGCAUCUACCUGGACCCCGGCCAGAUCAUCACCGUCAGUCUGACCGCCACCUUGGCAAGUGUUGGAGCUGCCAGUAUCCCCAGUGCUGGACUGGUGACCAUGCUCUUGAUCCUGACCGCCGUCGGCCUGCCCACCCAAGACAUCAGUUUGCUGGUUGCUGUGGACUGGCUGCUGGACAGAUUCAGGACCUCAGUGAACGUGAUGGGAGAUUCCUACGGAGCCGCCAUCGUCUACCAUCUGUCCAAGGCUGAGCUGGACGAGCUGGACGCAACCACGGCCAAAAGCGACGACAUCGAAAUGUCGAAGACCCAGUCUUCUUAUUACGACGACAUCAAGAACCACCAGGAGAAUAACUCCAACCAGUGCGUCCUAAGUGCGACCGCCACCACCUCCGCUAACAAUACCGUCGUAGUAGAUGAGUGCAAGGUACACCUAAUGCUUUCAGAUGUAGAGACUAGCAUGUAACCUCCUUCAGCUUAACUGCUCAUCCUACACCUUGUCAUAGAUGUCCUUUCCUUAUUAUUAUUAUUUUUUUUGUUUUAUCAUUGUCGAUGACAACUGUGUAUGCAUCCAAAGGUAAUGCAAUACACCAAACAAGCACGUGUGUUUUGAAUGUCUCUGUUCACUACUCUAGAAUAGCAGCUUCUGUGAACACACAUUUUACACAGGAUUUAUACAGUAUCUACAGUAUAUCUUUACUGUCAACUGAUUCCCAAAUCAUCACCACACAUAUGUACUUGUACCAAAGAAUCAGUCUUUGUUGUAAAGUUUGGAUAUGAAUAUCCUUUAACGGACAGAAUGUAGUAAAAACACGCCAGCAGAGUGUUGCGUCUGCACGGCUAAAGUGUUACAUGCUGUAUAAUUAGCAGAUUCUAUAUUUUCCCCUCCUGAGCGGGUGUGCGUCACUCCUCCUCACUCACAUUUCCACACCAGCUAACUCUGCUAAUUAUCAAGGCUCCUGGCUGUGAAGUAGAGGAAUGCAAAGUAGGAACCGCCACCACCACCACCUCCUGGUAAUGGAAGACACCUAACAUUAUAAACCACUAUCUAUGGCAUUUAGAAUACGCUCCAGUAGAGCAGAGGACUGGCCUCCCAGACACACACACCCCCCCUCCCCCUGCCCGGCCCUAAAAGGUCCACUGAUGAAUCUAAAGGAUGAGAGGUGUUGCCUAGCAACACUGGAAACUUGUCACACAAGCCAUCCAUCAAAGCAUGUCUUAUAGAAUUCUGUUCCUGAAUUGCAGGAAAUUCAGGCACAAAGGCUCGCUACUUCCAGUCUCUUUCUUUUGUGUCGUGAAACCGUCUUCUUAGUUGACUCAUUUUCUCAAGCUUUGCAGCAUGCUCCCCACCAUAACUCUGUAACACUAAAACACACAUCCAUUUUUGUAGUCGUACCUUGUCCUUUUUACUCUGUUCCAUGUUUGUGUGUCAUUUUUUGUUUCAUUGUGAUUUACUGCACCCAUGCAUGUUGAGUUUGUGCUCAUCUGUCUGAUGUUUAGUCUGUUCUCAGGUCACCGAGAGAAACUCUGGUCCUUUGUUAUGUCUGCCACAAGCUCGCUCAUCGCUGUUCGCCCCGAGGAUCCAGAAUUUGCUAAUUACAUACCUGUGUAACCCUCUGAGAGCUAGCUCCCUCCACUGGCACCCUGUGGCCUCACGGUGCCUCCACUGGGGGCACUGUGCUGUACGCCAGGGUAUCCGCGGACCGGCAACAGAUGUAUUUCUGAAACUUGUUUUUGAAUAAGUUAUAGCCAAUUACAAAACAGCUAAAGUAGCAAACGCCAUCUUUUUGGUUGUGGCUUUUUCAUCCUAAUCCUGAAGACAUUAAUCGAAAAGGUCUUGAGUCGGUGGAUUGGUUCAAGGGGAAACUAGGGCUAGGAACAGAUGUAACAUGCAUGUUGAGAAGCCCCCUUCCUGCUUUGGUGGCGAGAUGUUGUGCUCAGUUGUCACUGCUGAAUGUUUUCAGGUAACCUCGGCCACUAACGGCUCUGCGGCGGAAUGCAUACUUGUUGAAGAGGAGAAACAAGAAUAAUGGCAGCGCCAACAUCCCCCUGCAUCUGGGCUCCACAGGCUUUCUGACCCGGUGAAAACAGAGUGAAACCGAAAUGUCACACGAACAGAACUACUAAUUUUCCUUUUGAUGUUUUUUUUUUUGUACGUCCCUUUUAUAAUAUUUUUUCUAGCUGUCUUAUCUGACUGAUAUCUAUCUGAACUAAUACUCAUUCACUUGACUUUGAAGUAAUAAUUAUGACAGUUGUAUUUGAACCUGUUAGCGUACUGUAGUGUGCUACGUAGCAAACACUGAGACAACAUGCUUCAAGGCUCGGGGAAAGGAAAAUUGAAAAGGAAAAUACAAGAUACAGAAAGCACAGUUUUAGGAAUUUGUUGUAGUUACCGUUGGCCCCUCUAACAAAGCUUUUAGAAAACUGAUAAUGAGCAGUGGGUAAACGAUCAAGACAAAGCAAAGGUUCGACAUAAGGGAUGGGACCAAAUAUUAUUUUUAAUGCGGGCAGCUCAGUGGACGAAGGGGAAGUUUGAACAUCGCCGAUGUGAGGCAGAGGGCGGGUUCGAUCCGCUUUCAGGUCGUUUUCUACACGCAGACCCCUUUAUCUUACACGCUAACCUCCUAAAGCUCGUCGGUGGGGCCCCCUCUAGUCCAGAGAAAAUGGCAGACGGGGGAAGAACCUAAAGCCUUGAGAAAGAAUCAGUUACUGAAGCACACAUACGGUGGAAGUGCCGAGCACAACCCGCACCUCAGAGACCUCGCUACGCCACACUUCAAUGUCCAUUUCCUGUGUGUCGGCAGGGUUCCCUUACCCCGCCGUGACUCUGUGUGUGUGUGUUGCAUGAGGAUGUUCAGUGUGUGUGUGUGUGUGUGUGUGUGUGUGUGUGUGUGUGUGUGUGUGUGUGUGUGUGUGUGUGUGUGUCUUUGAGAAGGAGAGUGUUUGUCUGUGUGCACAGAUGUGUGUGUGUGAAAGGUCAAGGUAGCGAGAGUGAUAGCUGGUGAUUGAGACGUGAGAUAUGAGGACCAAACUAUAAAAAAUACAGCCCACUAUGAGGACCAAAAAAUGAGGACCAAAAUAGACAACGCAAAUUGAAGAUGUGAUUGAUAGCAAUUCAUAAAUGUUCGACCCACACUAAUCGUAAUAAUUCCCCCCAAAUAAAACUAAAACCUAAAAAUGGAAAAAAAUUGCUGUCCAAUUAAACACAAAUUUGACAAUGACUUAUUUUUCAAACCAUUUUAAAUUCAACUCAAAAAAUGAUGAUGAAGCACAAAAAAUGUGUCACGCCUUUUAAACACAUAAUAAAGAAAUGAAGCACAACAAUGAAGAAUAGCACAAAUGGUAUAGAGGGGCUUAAGAGAAUUGGAAGUGGCGACUCAACUAAACGUUGGCUCUGUUAGCCUCGCGGGUGUCCUUGCAUAAAAUGAUUAUUAGGAACAGAAGGAGGGUCCACAGCUACACAGGCUUUGGUUGGCAAGGGAGAAGUGGAGCCUUUACUCACUCAGUGUUACUCUCCAAACAGAGACUGGCUCUCCUUCGUCGGACAGGUUUACAAUGUGCCAGUAUAGGAAAUCAUCAGUUUUACCAGAGGUUAUAAAAAGCACACACAAUGUCUUAAUUUACAUUCCAGUGGUCGCACAGCCACCUUAUAUACGCUACCAUGUUUACAACGACAACAACCACAAAGCACAAAUGCUAAUCUAAUUAAAGCAUGUAACGAUUAAGACCAUGUACAAGCAUAUCAUAUAUAUCAUGUGGAUCUCGUGGCUACCACGCUAAGAGCAUACCGUCAACAUAACACACACACGACAUCCUUCUCAGUGACAUCCACAUGUCUCCUCCGCACCGCGACCUAACGUCCCUCAAUGCGCCACCCUACUGCCUGAGAGCUACAGACUGUUUACACCCAACCCUAUAGAUGCUGCAGUCACCCCGACCACACACACCCAUAGACACAUUCCACAAGCCACAGAUCAUCUGAAUCCCCAGCCGUGCCAACUAUCAGGUAUUCUUAUGAAUAUAGAUAUAAUAUUUAUCUUUCAAAUAAAUCCUUUCACAGAUGCAAAUGCACAAGGCUUCUGAAUAACUACAAACAGACGUGUACAAGGCCAACUGGCUUUCAAUCUUUGCAGCCUGUGAGUGUGUGUGUGUGUGUGUGUGUGUGUGUGUGUGUGUGUGUGUGUGUGUGUGUGUGAGAGAAAGAUAGAGAGAGAUGCUCUGUGCCAACAGUGUUAUAUGUGCGCGUGCCGUGUGCUCUCCUCGUUUGUCGUUGUCCGCGGUUACGCUUAUCGACCACCUGGCCUUGAAGAUGUUGUUUUAUUCACCGCUGACUCCAGACCAGCUCCGGUAACACCCCCCUUAACAAGAAAAAUAAACAAAAACAAAAAAAGCGGACAUACUUUUACAUCCAUUGCUUCUAGGGUAGACCCCCCCUGUAGAGGCCAUUAGUGAUAUGGCCCCUCCACCUUAUAGAAGAAAGACCCCAUGUCCCUAGAUAUAAACACUGACAAAAACACCAGCUCACACGUGAGUGGUCAUCAAACAAAUUGAACCACGUGCUGACAUCUCAAUUGGCCUUUUGAGCCACACCCCCUGA